UAUUGUGGUAAAUAAUUGAGUGCUAGUCAUUCAGUUAUUCAGUGAUCAUUAGACGAAAUAGAAACGUCAAAUUGUAAUUUACUGUGAAAUUGAAAUAUUGUCAAAAAAGAAAAAAAAUUUUUCCUUUUGUUUUUGAAAAUAAUGGCACGAACACCAAGAUUAACAAAAAUACCCGUCGAUGAACGAAAAUUGGCCGAUUUGGUGAAAACAAAAUCUGAUUUAUCAAUUCGAGGUCAACGAGACGCUUGGAAAAAAAUCGUUGAAGAACACGAGGCACCGGUUGAAGACGUAAAAAAAGCAUGGUCAAAGCAUCAUGAAGAAGAUGCUAAAUUAAAGAUGGAUUUAAAUAGAAGAAAGUCAUUACGAAGCAAUAGUGUUGACUUAACAAACGAUCAACUAAAAGCAAUGGAAUUGCGCAGACGAUCCUUAAGAUCCAGUUCCAUUGAUAAAUCCAGUUUAAUUUCGAACUCCACUGAAAACAGUUGCGCGAGCAGCAUCUGCAGCAUUUCACCAAAGGGCGAGGACAAACGUUGCCUUCGUACACGAUCGCAACUCGCGUCAAUCACUGAAGCCAAAUUAAUGUCAAUGGCCGCUGGUGAUGCUGGAAUUAUGGAAAUGUCAGGAAUUUCAAAAGAUUCAAAAAUUCAGGACGCUGAUGAUGAAGAAAUUCAUGAAUCAGAUGAGGAUGAGACACUUGUUCUUGAAAUGACCCAUCAAGAGGAAGAUAUUUCAGAAAUUGUUACAGAUGUUGUUGAACGUAUUCAACAAGACAUUGACGAGGAGAUAAAAAAUCCAUCACCACGUUUUUUCGAGGCAGUGCAAAAUUUGAAAAAAUCGCCAACUACUAAUAUUUCACCGAAACCAAAACCAAUUGGAGUGAAAAAUAAUAAUAAUAAUAAUAAAAUGAAGCGCAAUUAUAUUGCUAAUGAUUCGACAAGGGCCUUUUUUGACAGUAUGUCAUUGACUGUUGCCAGUUUUCCCGUUCAUCUUCAGGCUCAAGUGAAAAUUCAAAUUUGCAAAAUUGUCGGUGAAAUUGAAUACGAUUUGAAUUUAUCCAAAGCAAAGUGAAUUAUUUUUUUUUAAGAAAAAAAAAUGAAGACAUUUUUUGUUUUUGUUUCUAUUUUUCGUGAAUUGUAUUCUAUAUUAGAGAUGCUUUUUGAAUCUUUUGCUUUUGAAAUGAGCUAGCAAAAGUGACCUUGAGGUUUCUUGGAGUAUUGCCAAGAUUGUUCACUUUGUAAAGAAAAAAAAAAAACAGCAAAAAAAAAAAAUAAUUUUACUGAGGGAUAAUUUUAGAUUACCGUUGGAAAAUAGUUGAUGAUAAUGAUGAGAAUGGGAAAAAAAAAAUUUUUCCUAGGGACUUUUUUUUCUAAGGGAGAAAAAUAAUUAAAGAAAUUUUCUCCUCUAUUACGUUUAAACAGGAGGUGUCUAAUUUUUUUUUCUUUUUACGUUUAUUACUAAUUGAAGUUUUUUUUUAUCAGAAUUUCGCUUUUCUUUUCAUUAUAUUAGUUCUUAUAUUUUUUUUUGCGGAAUUUCUCUUUUUUUUCUUCAUUGUUUAGUUGCUCUAAUUAUUCUUUUUUUUCCGUUUUUUUUUCUUUUCCGUUCUUUUCAAACACAAUUUUUUGUUUAAUUUUGCAAUUCGAAAUUUUUGUUUUUAAUUUAAACAACUAAAAAUAGUAAAAAAAAAAAUGGUACAAUAUUAAAAAUAAAUAAUAGAAUAAAUUAUUUCCCUUCUUUUCGAUUAUUUUAAAAGAAAAAGAAAAAAUUGAAAUAUAAAUUAUUAUUAUUAGAAAAAAAAAUAUUUUUUUUUUUAAAUAUCAAUUUAUAUUUAAAUAACUAAUGUCUUUGCGGUUAAUGAGUUUUCGCUUGAAAUCCAUUUGUGAUAAUUUAUCGCGCAAAGUUUAUGUAAUUGGACCGAGUUUUCGAUUGUGUAAACAUCUUUUUGGAUAAUUGUCUCGCGCGGUUAUACGAAACAACAAAAUAUUCUAAUUCUGUUUAACAAUGCAGAUAUUCUGGCUCAUGAGAGGCCGUAAAUUAUUGAGAACUGGCAAGCGUUCUCUAAAGGCUGAUUCACUUAGCUUUAACAUUUGUCUUCGCGUAGAUACGAUCCGAAGAGAGAGAAAAAGAGAGAGAGAGAGAAAGAGAGCGAGAGAGGAUAAACUUUAAUUAGCAUUGGUUACAUUUUAACUAACCCCAAAAUCUAAAUUUCAAAAUUUAUUUACAAAAAAAAGUAAAUGACAUUUUAAAAAUUUUUUCUUUCAUUUUCUUUUUGAGAAUAAAAUUUUGUUUCAAUUUUCUCUUUCUUCAACAAUCUCAAUAAGAAGCGAAAGGGAGAGUAAAAACAGUGAAGAAAAAAAAAUUACAAAAACUAAAUUGUAGGAAAAGAAUUUUUCCAAAAAAAAUUUUUCUUUGAUUACAAUAUUAUAUUAAAAAUUUUUGCCAGCUCAUUUCUAAUUUAAAGACGAAUUUAUUUUUGCAUCAUUUAUAUAAUUUUCCAUUUGUUUAUACAUUGUUUACGUUUUCUUCUAAUUUUUUUUUUCAUUUUUAUAUUCUUGUUUUUCCAAUAUUAAUUUCGUUUUCCCUUGAUUCUUGUUUCCUUUAUAUAAGACGAUUAGAAAGACACUUAUGUAACUUUAGAAAUAUGUACAAUGUGUUAAAAAAAAAAAUUGUACGUUCGAUAAAAUAAAUAAGAAUCUAAAAAUUUA